AUGAGUACCUCAUUCGUGUCCUCUAUCUGUCGUCGUGGAGUUCGCUCCAUCUCUGGUCCUCAUACGGGCUAUAGGCAGGUCAUCAAGCAGACUGAGAAGCAGACUGUUCGACGUGCAUCGACCUUGCAUUCGAGUAACAGUCCGAGGACACGUGCUGGAGCUGCAGCCGGAGCUGGAGCCGGAGGAGGAGCUCGGGGCAAGAAGGAAAAAACAAUCUUCCAGGUUUCUGCGCUCGGUCUCACGGGCGCCGGUGUCGCUGGGCUCUCGCUGGCAACGCGAGAGGAACCAACGCAAGCGGAAGCGGAAGUGAGGCCGUCGAACAUCUCCUCCUCCUCCGCCUCCUCUUCUUCUUCAUCUUCUUCAUCCACCCUCCCCUUGUCCAGUGUACCCAAAGUCGAGCAUGACACCAGCCCACAGAACAUGCGGGACGCCUGGAAGGAGUUCGCGAGCAUCGUUGGCCAAGAAAAUGUCUCGACCGAAACACAGGACCUUCUAUCUCAUUCUGGGUCCGAGUUUCAAUCCUGUGGCUGGAAUCCCGAGAGUGCACUGUUAGGAAGUGUGGUAGUGUAUCCUGGCACCACGGAGGAGGUAUCGGAGCUGGUUAAGGUGUGCCAUCGGCGAAGGAUCCCCAUCACGCCUUACUCAGGUGGUACCUCAUGCGAGGGACACUACGUCCCGCAUAUGGGCGGCGUGUGCAUCGAUUUCACCCGAAUGGACCAGAUUAUUGAAAUAAAUCCUGCGGAUCUGGAUUGCACUGUGCAACCUGGUAUCGGGUGGGUUGAUCUAAACCACGAGUUAGCGUCCCUAGGCCUGUUCUUCCCUCCGGAUCCGGGCCCGGGCGCCAUGAUUGGAGGGAUGGUCGGGACUGGGUGUUCAGGCACCAACGCCGCCGCGUAUGGGACGAUGAAGGACUGGGUUCUCUCUCUGACGGUGGUGCUCGCGGACGGGACCAUCAUCAAGACACGACAACGUCCACGGAAAUCGAGCGCCGGUUUCGAUUUAACUCGCAGUUUCAUCGGGAGUGAAGGCACACUGGGCCUGGUGACCGAGGCCACUCUGAAACUGGCCGUGAAACCACGCUGCGACGCGGUGGCUGUGUCGACUUUCGCCAGUGUCCGCGAUGCUGCUCGUGCCGUCCAAGCCAUCAUCGCGCAGGGCAUCCAGGUCGCAGCGGUAGAAAUCUUGGACGAUGUGCAAAUGCGGAGCAUCAACCAGGCCGGGCUCACCAAGCAAAAAUGGGCCGAGGAGCCAUCCCUGUUCUUCAAAUUCGGCGGCGCUACUGACAUGGCGGUGCAUGAAACUACUCGAAUCGUGGGCGAAAUCGCUAAAGAUCACGGAGCUCUGUCCUACGUCUGCGCGUCGGAUGCGGACGAGAAGGAGGAACUCUGGUCAGCUCGCAAGAACGCCCUGUGGAGCGUGAUGGCCAUGCGACAAAACCCGUCGGACCGAGUUUGGGUCACGGACGUGGCCGUCCCGAUGAGCCAGCUGGCUGAUAUCAUAGAGGUCACAAAGGCUGACAUUGACCAGUCCGGCAUCCUGGGCGCAAUAGUCGGCCAUGUCGGUGACGGCAAUUUUCACGCUAUCCUGCUCUUCCCUGAUGAGGAACGCGCGAUAGCCGAAGGUCUCGUCCAUCGCAUGGUCGACAAGGCUCUGGCGAUGAAAGGUACCGUCACCGGCGAGCACGGCGUUGGUUUGGUCAAGCGGGAUUAUCUCGAGAAAGAGCUCGGCCAGACGGCCGUGGACACUAUGCGUAUGGUGAGUUUGUCCCUAUUCUUUCGAUUCUCAAUUCAACAUGAGGCUGUUGAAGCGUUCAUGAUUUUCGUUACAUGA